AUGUUCUUUUCGAAUGUUACCAUCAUCUUCAAUAAGUGGCUGAUAGACACUGCUGGGUUCACCAUCAUCCUCACCUGCUGGCAUCUCGUCUACGCCACCGUCGCAACUCAGAUACUCGCUCGCACAACCACACUUCUCGACUCCCGCCGCAAAUUUCCUGUUACGGGCCGCCUCUACCUGCGUACCAUUCUUCCCAUUGGCCUGCUCUACUCCGGCUCUCUCAUCUGCUCCAAUGUCGUGUAUCUAUAUCUCUCCGUCUCCUUCAUUCAGAUGCUCAAGGCCGCCUCGCCAGUUGCUGUGUUAUUCGCCUCCUGGUCCUGGGGUGUUGCCGAACCGAACUUGGCUAAAUUUCUCAACGUCCUGGUUAUUGUUUUUGGUGUUGCUGUCUCGAGUUUUGGAGAGAUCCAAUUUUCUUGGACGGGAUUCUUUUUCCAGAUUGGAGGAACCACGUUCGAAGCUGUUCGAGUCGUUAUGAUCCAGGUCAUGCUUAGUGGCGAAGGACUCAACAUGGACCCUCUCGUCAGCCUCUACUACUACGCGCCUGUCUGCGCCGUCAUGAAUUUUCUUAUCGCGCUUGUUGGCGAAAUUCCGAGGUUUAAACUAGAGGACGCCGCCCACGCUGGCUAUGGAAUGCUCUUCCUCAAUGCCUCAAUUGCUUUUAUCCUGAACGUUGCCAGCGUAUUCUUGAUCGGCAAAACGUCAGGUCUAGUCAUGACUCUUACAGGCAUCUUCAAAAGCAUUCUGCUUGUUGUUGUCUCUGUACUGAUCUGGUCAACCCCGAUUACGUUCCUCCAAGCUGUGGGAUAUACCAUCGCUCUUGCAGGACUUUCUUAUUAUUCCCUUGGAUACGACCAGCUCGCAAGUCUCGGCGCAUCAGCAGUUAGCUGGACAAGCGAUUUUUUUUCAACCAGUGGAGGAGCAGGCCACGCAAUGCGGUCAAAACGAAUAAUAGUAGUCGGCCUAUCUUCAUUGGUGGCUAUGAUUGUGGUCCUUGAGUUGACUAUGAGUGAACGGGGGAGAAGGUUAUUGGGAGGGUCUUCGUGGCACGAGGGCCAUCGUUUCCGUCCAGAUUACGGGCAUCAGGCGAACCAUGGGACCCACUAA